AUGCCGACUUCACCAUUGCCAUCGGGGAAUACGCCUUCAGGACGCAGGAAUAAAGUGGCCAAAAAUCCUCCACCACGUAAAAAGGCUUGCCAGAACUGUACAACGUCGAAAGUGCGCUGUGGGCUGGAAAAACCGACUUGCUCGCGAUGCGCGUCUCAAGGCCGAGUAUGCGAAUAUCCUGCGGGAAAUCGGGCAUCUGAAGGCACAAACCCGUUGGAAACUACACAUCUCCCAAAUCCCUCAACCCCAACACCGACUAUUCCACCCUCUCAACCUCAACCCGGACCCAUCACCAAUCAACCACCCCCAGCCCCAGCACCACCACCAGACGCAGGCCCCAACCUCGACAUCCCAGACCUUAGCUCCCCAGAUGACAUCGACGGAAUCCGCGACCGAUGGAUGAGGCCGUAUCUCACCGCGCCCCCGGAACGGCCCGAGAUCCCCAAAGUGUAUAACCCAUUUACGCUACAGUAUAUAGCGAGCGUAUUGAGGACGUAUCCGCGACGUAUGCUAAAAGAUGGCGGCGUACCGCCUAUCAUCCAUCCGAUGCAAGUUUCUGGGGCUAUGCCGCGGUCGUUGGCGAAUUGUUAUAGUCUGGUGAGGAUGUGGGAUCAGGCUGUUCCGGGGAGUGAGGAGAUGGUGGUUGAUGUUGUGAGGAAGGAGAUGGAUAGGCUUGUUACUACGGAAAACUCGACAGAUCCUGAGCUUGUAGCUGCCUUUCAAGCAUAUCUCAUCUACGCGAUCAUGAUGUACUUUUCGCCAAUCGGAGGCUACACCGUCAUCAACGAGGCAUCCAUCAUAAACCUCAUGGAGCUGGCUUAUCGAACGACCCGCAAAGGAUUAAUCUGCCCAGAAGAAAGAAGUCGUACUCGACCACGCUGGGAAUCGUGGAUUACCGUCUCUGCCAAACGCCGCGCCGUCUUCACCAUGUAUCUCUUCACCAAUGUAUUCAACGCCGAACAAGGGUUGCAGAAUUAUCUCUCCACGGAAUUGACGGGGAAUCUCCUCCCCGAGGGUCGGGAAGUGUGGGAAGCGAGAGAUAGAGAAACGUGGGAGAAAGAAUACGAUUACCAUCUAUCAGUAUGGGGGAAGGACGGCAUGAUCGAGAUAUCAGAACUCUGGCGAUCAGAAGAGACAGGAACACCAGAAAGACGGAAACGAGUGGAUCGGUGGGUUCAGACGGUGGAUGAAUUCGGGAUGAUGCUGUUUGCUGUCUGUGUUCAUAUCCAUGGAUGUUAG